AUGUUUCUUCUUGUAAGUUCCUUUUUCGUUCAAAUCAUCCUGAAAGGCUUUUUUGCAAAAGUUUGUCUUUUCAGAAAGCUUCGGUUUUUGUAGUCCUCCUUCUGGUGGCGUUCUCAUCUGCUGAUCGCGGUAAGAUCCCUUCCAAAUAAUAUUAGAAGGUCUACCCGAAGAGUUCAUAAAAAGUUGUAUUUUUGUACAAUUUAUUUAUUUGCUUCUCAAAAAAUCUUCGACCUAGCUCUGUAUAACUUAAAAAUUAACUUGGAGGUUUUUCUUCCAAUUCAUUAAUCUAAAGGUUAUAUUCGUGUUAGUCAGAACCUUUAUUGAAAGUUAGAGCUCCCAGAAAGCAGUAUGCCUCAGUAGCUUCCAAUAGGAAAAUUCGCGUGAUGAAAGAAAAUUUUGUUUUUUGGGUUCAGUUGAAAGUGUAUUGUUUAAAAAGAAGCCGUAGAGCUUCGAGGUGCGAGCAAGUGUUUCCAAGGCAGAGCGAGUUGAACAGAAGGCCUGUGGUUUGAUUUGGAGUCCAGAGACAGUUGCAGACGACAGCGCAGAGUACAACUCGAACAGCAACCGCGGGAAUCGGCUGCUGACGUCGUACCCCUACAACAACGGCUACAACAGCAACGGCUACAACAGCAACGGCAACCGAGCCGGCUCGUCCUACGGAUACAGAGACUACAACUCCCAAUAUGGAAACACCGGCUACAACUCCGCUUACGGCAACUCCGGCUACAACGGCGGCUACAAUUCCAACCAACCUCAGUACCGCGGCCAACAGUACUACGCGGACCGCUACGAUAACAGUCGCGAAUAUGGGAAAUAA